AUGGACGAGAGACAAUCGCUCGUGCAGAUGUUCGAGAAAAACUCCAAUCGGACCUUGACCGAUGACUCUGAGAUCCCUCGCAAGAUUCAUCAACUUGCGCUCGCCAAAGGAAGGACAGAUAUCGCCACCUCCAUUGCCAACGCCUUUCCUGCAGUGAAAAGCUUCGCGACUCCUCAGCUGUACGGUCAGGCUGCUCCUCAACCUCAGCGAAGCUCGAUCAUGCCCGCUCAGCAGUACCGGCAGACGCCUGGAGCAGCUCCUGUCCAGCCCAUGGCCUCAGGGCAUGCACUGGGGUUUCAACAAUCGCAGGGAGCGAUGCAAGGAGGAGGGUAUCAACCACCUACCAACCUCGGUCAACAGAUGCAUCAUGGGCUGCAACCUUACCAGCAGCAGAGCGUCACAUCCGCUGCCUCCAGCACCCUGCCGGCUGCCGGCCUCCCUCAUACCACCGGCCUUACCCAUCAAGGGCAUACCGACACUUCGAUACCGGCAAAUCAGGAGGCGGGGAAGGCAGAUGACGCCAAUGCUGGCAAGAAGGACAAGGAGAAUGAAGCUGAAAACGCUGCAAAGAAGGCGAAGGUUGAUUAUGAUGUGCACUGGCGUAGAAAGUUCCUGACCAGCAGAAUUUGCUCACAGGAAGCUACCAAGGAGGAGUUCAACACUGAUAUCUUGAACAACAUGGAUUUGGAGAGGGAACAGGCCGUUCUCGAAUCCGUAUAUCAGUACAAACCAUCUACUAAGUUCUUGUGCAAUGACGUACCGUUUCUCAACUAUGAAAAGGUCGACGGCGAUAGGAGCGGACCGCUGAUCAACCGCAUGAAGCAGAUCGUUGGUGGUCACGAGCAGGCGAUCCAACAAGUUGAGAACUCCGCCAUCGAUCUCUUGUCGGUAGCGUGUGAGAUGCAUAUCAGAACGAUGUGCCACCGGCUCUUCGACCUCUACCAACAUCGCAAGGGCAGACACACUCCCACCCUCCACUUCCACCAGGAGCCAGAAGGCGAUAUAGAACCUGGUUGCCAUGCGAACUGGGAGGAGCAGGUGAAGGAGAGGAGGGGCGUCAAGGCUGCUGCGCAGCACGACGGUUCUGCCAUGGAGGGCGCAGGAGGUGAGGCUGCAGGGGGGGAGGAAAGGUCUGGGAGAAGAUCGAUCGAUCUGCUGGACAUCCUUUACGUGCUAGAGCGCGAGCGAGGAGCGGGCUUGAAGAAGAUCCUUCACCGCAACUAUGCCCGGGUCGACCCUGCGCUGCUUGACUUACGUGUCGGGAAGAGAAGGCGGACGUCGGCUGAAUGA